AUGAUUCCAGUCAGCAAAAGAGAUGAUAUAAAAGCCAUAGAUUCCAUCUCUGCUGUAAAUGAUGAAUUUAUUGGAAACUUAAUUGAUGAAGCCAUUGAUAAAAUCGGUCAUGAUGGAAUAAUUUCUAUUGAAUCUUCUUCAUCAAGUGAAACUUCUGUGAUUGUUGAAGAAGGAAUGAAGAUCGACAAAGGAUACAUGUCACCUCAUUUUGUCACAAAUCAGAACAAUUUUUCUGUGGAAUUUGAAAAUGCUAAAGUCCUGAUAACAGAUCAAAAGAUAUCAUCUGUGAAAGAAAUUGUCCCAUUGCUAGAAAAGUGUACUCAAUUAAGUGUCCCUUUGCUCAUUUUUGCUGAAGAUAUCUUAAUCUUAGUUCUUGAAACCCUAAUUGUUAACAGAAAUCAAGGUUUACUUAGGGUUGCUAUUGUGAAAUGUCCUGGUGUUGGGGAACGAAAGAAAGCUUUACUUCAAGAUAUUGCCCUCAUGACAGUAACAAUGCAAGCUCAGAAAGAUGCUCCUCCUGACAUGCAAUGUAAAGAUAAAUUUCUCCUUCAGAGUGUAAUUGCAAGCCCUGGAGCAACUCCUAAGGACAUAACCCCUGAAAUGUUUACUAAAGAACCAGGGCGUAAAUUGGAAGAGUGCAAAUUAAAAGUGGUUUAUCUUCCUCCAAAUCCAUCAACUUCAGCCAUUGCACAAGCUAAAGAAGAACCACUCUUUUCACCAAAGUCACCAGCCAUAUUAGAUAAGGGGAAUUUCAGUGGGCCCGAGGUUUCAAGAAGCUACGUUGAAUCUCAAGAUAAAUCUUCCGAGACCAAGUUGUUGAUCCAUGGAUUUAUUGAUUCUCAUGUCCAUUUGCUUUUUGGAGGACUCCAGGUAUGGCUUUCAAGAAUAGAUGGCCACAUGGGAUUGGCUAACUCUUUAGCUUUAAAAUUAGUUGGAAUUACAAGUAACAUGCAUGAUCCAGUUGUGGAAUUAUUAGCAGGAAUGCAAAUGGAGGCUGAGGCUGACAGGGAAGCACGGGGAAACAAGGGUGUUUCUGACAAGCAAAUUCGUUUAAAGUUUUUCUCUCCUAAUGUUCUUGACAUAACUCUCGCAUCAGAACAAUGA